AUGCAUUUGGAAAAUUUGAAGGAAAUUGUGAUUUCCUGUAUAUCUGAUGAUCUUCCAUUCAUUGAUAAACAUCAGGUUAGUAAUCAGUAUCUAUUAUCGAAGCGGUACCACGCGCUGCACCGAAAUAAACACGCAACGCAGACCGCGUCGCGCCACAACACACAAAUAAGGGAACGAUUCAAAUUCCCUCCAUUUUUGUGUGUGUGUUGUGGCGCGGCGCGGUCUGCGUUGCGUGUUUAUUUCGGUUUUCGAUAAUAAGUAAGUUUUUUUUUAGCUUUUGAGUAUCGACAAAAUUGACCUAGCACCGGGCAUCAAUUUCAAAUCAAAUGAUUUAUUCGAUUUCAAAGGGAAACAUGUGUCUGUUUCCAUCGAUGAUUUCAACAAGGAUAAUUUUAAAAAAUAUCUGGAAAUGUUAAAAAAUGGGCAGAUUACUGUGGAAUGUGCUGAAAUUUAUGAGCCAAUUCUUCAAGUCGAUUUCAGCAACAUCAAGUCAGAAUAUGCGAUAAAUGAGGACGAUGAGAGUUGCUCUUUCGAUUUUUCAUCUGAAUAUAGAAAAUAUUCAGUAACUUGGCACGAAUCAUUUUUAGAAAUUGAAAGUGAGUUUGUUUUUUCAAAUAAAAUUGUGAAACAACAUUUUCUAGCUGUCGAAAUAUUUGAGAAGUUGGAUCAAUGCAUUUAUUGGCCGCAAUUACCAUUACACAUUCAAGAAAAUGUAAUUUAUCAAAUGGAUGUGAAAAGUAGAUGUAAAUUUGCACAAUGCUCAAAGAAAUCAGAAAAAGAAGCGAAAAGAUCGAAGAACUAUUUGUACAAAAUUGGAGUCUUGGAUAAUUCCGAAUGGUGUUCAGAGUUGCAAUUUGCAUUCAGCGAGAAUUCCGACAAAGAUUUUUGGUUUGAAUUUAUGGAUGAAUAUAGUUAUAACAAUCAGACAAUUGUUUUGUAUAAAACUUGGAAAAAUGGUGAAGAAUUCAUUAAAUGGACAAAGAUUGAGAGUGGUAAACCAUACGAAGUUCGAUUGAAAUAUCUCAAGGAAUAUCUAUCGAAAUAUGAAAAAGUUAUCAAAUAUUUUCAUGUUGGUUGAGCUUUUUUGUGCAUAGAUAGUAAAUUGAAUAAUUUUUGCAGAGCGAAACGAUUCUUCUUCAAGAAAUCUCAAACAAUCUCAACAAUCUUGGAAAUCUCGAGAAAAUAUAUAUUAAGGAUGAUACGGAUGAAUCUUCAGAUUAUUUGAAACUUGGUUACUUGGAUUGGAAAUUGGUAAGAUUAUUUUAGACAAAACCAAUUCAAUUUUUAUUGUUUCAAAUCAGAUUCGUAAAUGCAAACACGUAUUUCUUCACCGUGCUGUUUUGUCAUUCGAACAAGUUCUUGAAUUGGACAUUGAAACUGCUGAAAUUCAAUGUCAUGAUAUGGAAAACAAGAAUAAUUUCAAAAACUAUUUGAAUAUGCUGAAAAACGGAAGAAUUCACAGAAACUUGAAAAAGAUUCGAUUCAACCUUAUAAAACAGGAAAAUAUGGACAUUCGUGAAUUUGGUACUUUGUGGAGAAUCGAGGAAAAUCGUGAAACUCUGACAUUUAGAUUAAAAUCGAAUGUCAUUGAAAAUGGAAUUAUUGAAGUUUUUCAGCAAUUCGGAGAUUCUCAAUGUCAUAUUUUGAUCAAAUGUUAUGAAGAAUUAGAAGGAUAG